GGACUGCCGCCUGGCGCAGACGCCAGACAUAAAUAUCGAGCUCGAAGGCUUCAACCUCACGCUGCGCCCCGAGACCUACAUGCGGCGGCUGCCGCUGCGCGGUGACGUCCACGUGGGCUCCGGCCCCAGGGCCGGCAGAGGCGGCAGCGAGGGGCCCCCCGCCACUCCUGGCGGAGGCGCGCCUGAGGACGGAGUCGUGCCGCGAUUCUGCAGGCCGAGGCUGAUGCCCGUGCGGCUUCCCGCGCCUGUCGGCCCCAACGUCUUCAUCUUCGGGGAGCCGGUGCUGCACCACUACUACACCGCUUUCGACUGGAGCGUGCCUCGGAUCGGCUUCGGCCUCGCGAGCACGGGCCGCGCGAGGGCCGCCCGCGACCGGGCCGCAGGCCCGCCCAGCCGCACCGGCGAGCUGCCGAGGGGCGUCGACGUCUACCUGUGAGCGCGCGGGCAGACCGAGCCCCGCUGGCGGCGGCCCCCCCCCCUCGGGCGGCAGGAGGCCCAGGCAGCGCGCGCCCGGAGGGAUCGGGGCUGGCGAGGCUCGAGGCUCGAUGUGGCUCG